GGAAUUCAGCAGACAAGGAAGUGAGUUGGGGAUUUAGACGGUGAUGUGACAGAAUAAAGGUGCUGUACCGGCAGCGGUUUUCCCACACUGAGACACCAUCAAGACAACAUGAAGCUCGUGCUGGUCACAACAUUGCUGCUGCUGCUGUGCAGCACUCAAGUGCUCACACUCAGUUGCUACUCCUGCAACGAUGAAGACCGAAAUGAUUGCACCACCGUGAAAACGUGCAAUGAAAAUGAAACCUUCUGCAAGAUCUAUGGCUUGGGAAAUAAAAUCUCCAGUGGCUGCGCAAAGAAGUGCGUUGAGGACUCUCAGACGACCUGCUGUCAAUCGGACCUGUGCUAGACAGGAGGCGUCGUCCUGCUCUUGCUUUCGGUUUCUGAUUGGUGAAAGCAAGAAAUAAUAGAAAAGUCUAAUGAGAGUGGACAAUCAACUGUUGUUUCACUAAUUGUCCUUAUGUUUGAUCUAUCUUCUCACAAGCUUCUGUAUAACACUUAGUGGUCAAGAGCUGUGAUUUAUUUUGUAUGCACACACACACACACACACACACACACACACGCACGCACGCACACAUUUAUUCCCUUCCUCAUGUUGCUUAGUGGGUCACUGAUUUCUAUGAUUUGAUGUGGGUUGCUGCCUAUAAACACUGCAAUGCUGUAGUCAAACUGAUGUCAUAAUAAAAAGACGUCUUCUAAUCUCA